UUCUCAAGAGUUAAAAAGUCUAAAAACAAGUUGGACCUUCUUGUGAAUUUAGUUGCCAACUUGUGGAGUUGUGUGUUUUCUCCUUCUCACACACGUGUUUACAGUCUUUGCACGUGUCAAACCUGGUACAUGUCAGUAUGCUAUAACUUACCUUUUUGAUUAAUAUAGUAACUGUAGUGUUAUGUGUAGCCCACAGUGUCAGUAUGCUAAUGAUAAACAUGAUAACGGGAAUUUCUUAGAAAAUUUAUGGUUGGUAAUAGUGUAAUGGUAUAGUUAAAUUGGAUAAUGGAUAUGAAUGAAUAUGUGUAUGUGACAUUAAUUAUUUGUCUAACUUCCAGAAAGAGGAAAAAGAGAGCAGCAGUUACUAAGACAAAAAAAAAGGUGAGAACCGAAACAUCAGCUUCGAGUAGAUAAAAAAACUUCAGUUUUCUCGGGCCAAGUGGCUUUGACCAAAAUUUCUCUUAAAAUUUCAAAUAUCUUUUCUACCCCUCCCUUAACAAUUACUAUCAAUCAAAUAAUCAAUCAAAUACUAAAUCCUUAAGUAAGUUGUUUUAUAACGAUUGAAGAUUUAUAACUCACUGGUUAAUUUUGCGACUAACAUAUUUACGGGAAAUAUCCACAGAAAUGUCAUAUAAAUUGAAUACCAUUGUCAAUAAAAGUAUCGUUUUUUUCUCAUUCAGAAAACACAAUUUGUGUUAUACUUACCAAUAGAGAUAUAGUUAAUUAGUAGGAGUAUAUUAUGAAAUCAGGGAAAUUUUCCUUUUUUUAGAAUUUUCACAAGGUCUGUAUAAAAGCAAAAAUAAACAAAUACAUGAGCCAGCCGGCAAGAUAAAUCAGUUAUAAAAAAGCCUAAAAAGAACCAUUUAGCAACACUUUUCUUCUGGUUCUUGUCUCUCACCUUCUCUUAGCUUCUUCUUCCACAAAGGUACUAGUAAUAAUAAUCAAGAAAAAUCACAAUGGGAGAUACCAGAGAGGAUCAAGAAGACAGAGCUAUGAUGGAAACUGCCGGAGUCUCGAGCUUCUCGGAGCUUCUUAUGUUGUCGGGCGGCGUUCUCAGCUCCUCCGACCACCACCUCAACGAUAUUGGUGCCGAUGGUGGAGAAGACAGCUUCGGUUUUGUAUUCUCCGGUUCAACUGGAUCAAGAAUGCUUUGUUUCAGUGGAGACUGCCAAAACGACGACGAAUCGCUCUUCCUACAACCUUCUCUUCCCUCCGGAGUCUCGGUUUCUGACCCUUCAUGCACUACCAACAUUUGCAAGAACUCAAACGACGCGUGUGCGGACAAUAAAUCUACCAAAUCAUCAACCAAGAAGAGAAUCGGGUCGGUCAAUGGGCAAACUAUGGAUCAUAACCGAAAACCUAGCAAAAAAUGCAAGCAAAAUCAGGAGAAACCAUCAGUUGGAACUGCAAAGGUAAGGAAAGAAAGGUUAGGGGAAAGAAUUGCAGCCUUGCAGCAAUUGGUUUCUCCAUACGGAAAGACAGAUGCAGCUUCUGUGCUGCAUGAAGCGAUGGGUUACAUCAAAUUCUUACAGGACCAGAUUCAAGUCCUCUGCUCUCCUUACCUGACCAACUAUUCUCUUGACGGUGGUGUUGUUACCGGAGAUGUUAGGGCGGGGAAGAAAGUGAGAGACUUGAGAAGCAGAGGAUUGUGUCUAGUACCUGUCUCAUCCACCGUACUCUUGGAAAGUUCCAACGGCGCUGAUUUCUGGUCACCUGCUACUAUGGGCCACACUACGUCAUCCUCUCACUGAAUCAAGGAUAUUAAAUUGCUAUCCUAGGCAGUUUUUUUUCUUCUAGUCACCGGUUAUAUAGCCUUUUUUCUUUGCUGAAGAACUACUAAAAAUGUCUUUUACGAAAAUUCACCCAUUUUUUGUUUGUUUUUGAGGAUCAUUUGGGUGGAUAUAAAAAGGUCGAAAUCUUGUAUGUUUUACAACAUUAGAUAUAUUUAUAUAUUCCAAAGUGUUUUUUAUCUCAAUA